AUGGAGACGGCAGGCAAGCAGAUUUCGACAGACGACGACAGCGUUUUGGUACUAGAGGUGCCGCUCGGCAGUACUCGGGUAGUACUUGGCCGCAAGCGAUACGGCGAUAGGUCGCAGCUGUGGCGGCGUGGGCCGGGUGGGCAGCUUGUGCACGAGGGCAGUUCACCGCCGCAGCCCACUGACGCUGCUCUGCCCGACGAUCCUACUCUUUCACCGCACGCCAUGGUGCUGGACAUAGAAGAGGCGGCGCCGCGGCCGGGCGUGGCGAGCGCGCUGGUGCUGCGGCGUGCGGACCCGCGGCGACGCUCCACGCAGCGCUGGCGCCUGCUGCCGUCCGGCCGCAUGGCCUGCGCGCAUGCCAACCUGUGCGUGCAGCCGCAUGCUGCCCUCGCCGGCCUCAUGGCGCUCGUGCCAGGUGCGCGAGUGGUGCUGGGUCUGCCGGCGAGCGAGCGGGCGGGCGCGCUGGCGGGCGAGCAGGCGGUGAGCUGGCACGCACUGCGGCCCGGCUGCGGCCGCCUCGACGUCACGCUCAGCUGCGCCGGCCCCACGCGCCUCGUGCGCAUACACGACCACGAGAACCCGGAGGUGGGGCGCAUCGAAGACGACGAGGAGGAGGAGUGCGGUGCGAGCGAGGAGGACAGCGAGUGGGGCGUGCGUGUGGCGGUGGGUGGGCUGGGCGUGUCGCUGGUGGUGGGCGCGCCGGCUGCCGAGCUGCUGUACGCCACGUGCCGCCGCCUGCGUCUGGAACUGGCACGCUCGCCCGCCGCUGCGCUGCUGGCACUGCAGCUGGACGACUUGCAGUGGGACAACCAGCUGGCGGACGCGGCGCAGCCGGUACUGCUGCAGACGCUGCGGGGCGGGGGUGGAAGCGGGGCGGGUGGCGCGGGGGCAGGCGGCGCGCUGUACGCGGCGGCGGAACUAGUGCUGCGACCGGCGCCGGCGCCGCGCUACAACGCGCGCUACUUCAACCGCGUCGUGGUCGCGCUGUGCCCCGUCGCCGUGCGCCUCGAUGAAAGAUCUCAAGAUUGUAAAGAGUAUGUGCUGCUUGCUGGAGAUCAUCUACAAGAGAAUUGCAACGUCGUGAUCAACACGACUCCAAUCGCCCUGGUCUGUCAGAAGCUAUUUCGCCUGAUAUUGGAUCAAGUAGCGAUCUCAAUAUUCCUGAGCGCCGCCCUCUCUUCCACAACAAAACCUACACACUACUCAUGCAUGAACUCGGAUCAGUUUUAUGAUUUGUUAAACUGUAUCCCAAGUCUAGCAGGACAAGUACCAAAUGCCACGGUUGCUUUAAGCAUUUACUUAGUAAAGCUUAGAACUGGUGAUAGUAAUGUUACGAGCUUAGGACUGAUACUGCUGCUGUGGUCGUGGAUUGAGCAGUGGCGAGGCGGUGAAGACGCGGCCGAGCAGCCUGACGAAGUGGAGUACGAGACGCGGCGCGUGCUGCACGAGCUGACCGCGCUGCACGCCGCCAGAUACUACUGUGCGCUCCUCGAGCUGGUGCCCAGCCAGAUUCGGCUGUCGAUGUACACGGCCAGCAAGCUGGAGGCGGAGCUGAGCGCGCUGAAGAAGCGGCUGGGGCUGACGUUCGUGCGGUUCGAGGACGCGGCCGUGGAGCUGGAGCCGUUCGUGCGCACGCACGUGUUCGACACGGCCGCUGGCCUGGCCAGGCACACGCUGCAACACUUCAAGGAUGAGCUGAAAUGGCAGGCGGCGAAGAUCUUGGGUUCAGUGGACUUCUUGGGUAAUCCGUUGGGCUUCGUGGCCGACGUAUCGGAGGGCGUGUCCGGGCUGCUGCUGGAAGGAAAUGUGGGCGCGCUCGUUAAGAACGUCACGCACGGCAUCUCCAAUUCCGCCGCCAAAGUUACCGAGUCGCUGGGCGACGGGCUGGAGCGCGUGGUGGGGGACGAGGCGCACGAGGAGACGCGGCGCCGCCUCGUUGUGUAUUGUUGA